CUCUGCUCGGGAUCCAGCACUAGUGUCCCUCCUCCCAUCCUCCGGAGCUGCUGUAGAGGUAACGCUUUAUGUGUGUAUUCCUUUGGAAAAUGGCAUUGCUGUUCAAUCCAUCGCAGCGAUUUGCCAGCUGAUAUUUCUCCCAGAGUAAUAGAGCAGCUGAACUCAAACGCAUGCAGCGGAUCAGCGACGCACUGCGAAGGUUACCGUUGGACAUCUGGACGGGACGGCACAGCAUCAACUAAGGUUAUUGCUCGGCGCCUGGCUACUCCGUUCCCUCGGAAAUGCUGCCCUGUCUGCACAGAGUUCUACUGCGGUCGGCUCUCUCGCCUGCGUCAGGCAGCGGGCUUGUGAGGACUGCCCGCUGCAUCCACACCACUCCGGACCGCUCGGCUGCCGCUCCGCCGCCGCCGCCAUGCGCGCUGGUGUCGGCGUCGUCCGUGCAGAGUCGCCACCUGGGGACCCAUCCUCUGAAGGAGCCCAUGGAGCCCCUGAACUCACCGCAGAGCGCCAAAGAGUUUAUUUAUAGCCUUCACCCGUCAGAGCGCAACGUUCUGCUGCGAGAACUACACCGGUUCGAGUCCAUGGCCAUCGCGCAAGGACAGCUGGAGGUAGCGCCACCAACCCGGGCCCAGUUGAGAUACGUUCUGCUGCACAAUGCAAUCCCCUUCGUGGGCUUUGGAUUCCUGGACAAUGCCAUCAUGAUUGUGGCUGGCACUCAGAUUGAGCUGUCUAUUGGAGUGAUCCUUGGCAUUUCAACUAUGGCAGCCGCUGCCCUGGGUAACUUGGUGUCGGAUCUUGCAGGACUGGGCCUGGCAGGCUACGUUGAGGUGCUGGCCUGUCGGCUGGGCAUGCAGAUCCCAGACCUCAACCCCAAGCAGGCAGACAUGUGGCAGACGAGAGUCAGCUCUCACGCAGGUAAGGGCAUCGGCGUGGGCAUCGGCUGCAUCCUGGGCAUGUUCCCCCUCCUCUUCUUCAAGGACGACGAGAAGAAGAAGAAGAAGAAGGAGGAGGAGGCAGCAGCGAGGGAGGAGGCAGCGAAGGCGGGCAUCGCGGAGACACAAACCCUGGUUCUCGCAGAAGUCGGCAAAUAAUGAGGUUUCGUGCCUGCACAAGAGACGUAUUACUAUUUCAUUUUUAUUUUUUCAUUUUGUCAUUAUACGGUCAUUUUUGUCUGGGAUCGAUGGAUCCUGCCCGGAGAUGGAUUGCUGGAAAAAAAACAACAUAUAAUCGGAGAUAUUGACGGAGAUAUUCCAUGAGAGAGGUUUGAUUCUUGGUUAAGAGAUUUGUAAUACGAGUGGGACUCAAGCAUGGCGUCACCCUUCCCUCUCGGACUGAUGGCUCCCCGGACAACUGCUGCUACUCUGCGGCAGGUGGACUUUUACCGCGGGCUCUGACCUUCAUCGCCUGGGGGUUGUGGAGUUAUCCUGAUCAUCAUCAUCAUCAUCAUCAUAAAAAAAGAACAAACGUAUCUCCUCCCGUCUCUACUGCCUAGAGACCUCUGAAUCCAUUCCACACAUGGAGUUAGCUCAUAGUCACCGGUGGCUUUUCAAACUUUUUUUUUAUUGAGGGAUAGAAUCCUUAAACAUGUACAGCCACAUAUAUCCAUUUUGAAAAGUGUUAAGCAAGAUCUUAUAUGAAGCCCGGCGGAAGGAAAAAAAAAAAGGGCUGAUAUAAUUCUCAAAAAAAAAAGAUAUUAAUUUUCAAAGAUGUAUUGACUGAACAAAGACUAUUAUUUUGAGACUGUACAUCCUGACACCAGAGUUACCUGGACAAAAGCACAGCAUGACAACACAUUGUGACAUGGGUCCAUAGACCAUGGUGUGUGACUCUUUUAUUCAUCUCUCUACACACCGUUGUUACCUCUUCUGCACCUUGUGAACCUCAACUCACUGAAAGAGAGGACUCGGAAGCAGGUAGUAUUUAUUUUGCAUAUCGAUACUAUGCACCCAUCUUUGUAAUAACUUAAAAAACAGUACAACGACAUACCAAGCAUGUCUGCUUCCUUUACAACGUCUUGAACAGGACCAAACAUUGCUGCCCCAUUUGAAGAGUGAUAACUAAACUAAUGUCUGCUUGGAUGAUUCCUGAUCAAACUUGAUCAAACAAAGGCUUUUAUGCAUUUAUUUAUUCUAUUCAGUGAUUUUGAUGUGUUUGUCAUUUGGCCAUACUGUGUUAUACUUUUUUAAACAUGAUAUUUGAUCUUAAAUGACAUGAAGUGAAUGAUGUGCAUGACUGGCACUGUUAUACAAUACAGCCUCCCUUGCAUACGCAAUCAAACAUUCAGAGGUAUGGAAGAAUAAAAAUAGGUUUUGAAAGUGAUGGAAAAGAAAAACCGAAGGGGGGACAACUUAAGAGUAUGAAUUGUUGCCAAGCAAUAAAGAGUGUGGGAGCAGCAGGUGUUUGAAGACAUGAGGGAUUAACACUACUGGAGCCUGCUCCCUCUGACAUUUAUUAAGAAGUGCUUGUAUGGCCGCGCUCCAAAUUCCCAUGCUUCUCUUCAGGAGGCUGAACAGGAGGGUGUAGUUUGCUUCUAAAAUGGCAGGUUAAAAUGGUGGCACUAAUACGACAGUACUUUAUGAGCACAAUCGUGUUUA